CGGCCCCUGUAACAACCAACAACCGGAAGCCGGAAGCUGUUAGAGCCUGUGGCCUGACUUCUGUAGCAGUUUUGCCAGUAACCGGUAGCCGCGGUCGCUAGGUCAGGAACACCUGAGGUAGUUAACCAAAAUGCCGAAUAUCAAAAUCUUCAGCGGCAGCUCCCACCAGGAUUUAUCCCAGAAAAUUGCCGACCGCCUGGGCCUGGAGCUAGGUAAGGUGGUCACUAAGAAAUUCAGUAACCAGGAAACGUGUGUGGAAAUUGGCGAGAGUGUGCGUGGAGAAGAUGUCUACAUCGUUCAGAGUGGGUGUGGCGAAAUCAACGACGGUCUAAUGGAGCUUUUGAUCAUGAUUAAUGCCUGCAAGAUUGCUUCCGCCAGCCGCGUUACCGCAGUCAUCCCGUGCUUCCCUUACGCCCGGCAGGAUAAGAAGGAUAAGAGCAGGGCCCCGAUCUCUGCUAAGCUCGUAGCAAAUAUGCUGUCUAUAGCGGGCGCGGAUCAUAUCAUCACCAUGGACCUACACGCUUCCCAAAUUCAGGGCUUUUUUGAUAUCCCUGUAGACAAUUUGUAUGCAGAACCAGCGGUCCUGAAAUGGAUAAAGGAGAAUAUUUCCGAGUGGAAAAACUGCAUUGUUGUCUCGCCCGACGCUGGCGGAGCCAAAAGAGUCACUUCAAUUGCGGACCGCUUGAAUGUGGACUUUGCCUUGAUUCAUAAAGAACGGAAGAAGGCCAAUGAAGUGGAUCGCAUGGUGCUGGUGGGAGACGUGAAGGAUCGUGUGGCCAUCCUUGUGGAUGACAUGGCUGAUACUUGUGGUACGAUCUGCCACGCAGCUGACAAACUUGCCUCAGCUGGGGCCACCAGAGUUUAUGCGAUCUUGACACAUGGAAUCUUUUCUGGCCCGGCCAUUGCCCGCAUCGACAGUGCGUGCUUUGAAGCAGUAGUAGUCACCAAUACCAUACCUCAGGAAGAUAAGAUGAAGAACUGCUCCAAAAUUCAGGUGGUCGACGUCUCCAUGAUUCUUGCAGAGGCCAUCCGGCGAACUCACAAUGGAGAAUCUGUUUCCUACCUGUUCAGCCAUGUUCCUUUGUAACAGAAUAACUUAUAGGUUAUUCUAUUUUAAAAUAAAGCAAGGUAAAAGAAAAUAAACCUUACCACUACAGUAUUUUUCCUUUGGUUAUUUCAUGAAAAGUUCAUCAGAGACCAGGUUUGCUCCAGGGUGGCUUUCAACAUCGCGUUAUCAGGUACAAUGAUGUUUAUCUUAAACUGGAGGAAAACUGAGAACUGGCCAGAUUACAUGACUAGGUUGUCUCAUUCUGGCCUCAGAUGAUUUUGUGAGCCCUUCAGUUUUAACUAGAGCCUAGAGACUUUUCCAUAUGUUGGGUGGAGAUAUUUGAGAGCAAUUAGCAGCACACCAGUAUGUAACAGGUUCUUCAAGGACUAUACUAAAUUUCAGCAAAAUCCCAGGGAAAUGCCAAAAACUAGUUCUCCUGGUUGCUGAACUCAGAAAAAGGCAGGAGCAAGCAGCUUUCAUCUUAUGCAGGCAUUGGGAUCUUAAGAGGAGGCAGCAAACACUUCUUGAGAAGAUGACUAAUAUAGUAUCAUCUAUUUGGAGACUUAUCUUGGUUUCUUAGCUUUACUCCCAGCCAUCGUUGCCUUUUCCUAGCCACUUAUCGAACUGAGCCCAAAUAGUAUACUGUAGUUUUCUAGAAAGCAAACU